AUGCCAAAAACUAAUCAGGCUAAAUACGAGAUGUUAGACUACUGCCGGGAUUAUUAUCGAACACAAGAUGAUAAAAAUGAACUUGAAAAAAUUCAAAAAUUUCGAAUGACAUACACAUCGGAUAAGGCAAUUGAAUGGUAUACUGACGAAGGUUUUCUCUAUAAACUAUUGAAUAAAGCCCUUCGCACAGAAGAUAUCGAUUUGUUAUAUUUGUUUCGCUUUUUUAUUAUCGAUUUAUGUGCUCAAUUAGAACAAGAAAGUAAAGCGAAUUCAACGGAUAUUCUAACAUUAUAUCGUGGACAGAAAAUACCACUGGAAGAACUUGAGAAAAUUAAGGCAAAUAUUGGUGCAUUAAUUUCAACAAAUGGCUUUUUUUCAACAACACGUGAUCCAGAAGUUGCACUCCGUUUUGCUAAACAAUUACGAGAUACAGAUCAGUUGAAAACAGUUAUGUUUGAGAUCAGAGUUGAUUCAACACUUAAUUAUGAACAAAAGUUUCUUUCAUCUGAUAAUCCAAAAAUAGCGCAAACAUUAGGUUGGAUUGGAUGCAGUUAUACGGAAAUGAAAGAUUAUCCAAAAGCUUUAGAAAACUUCAAUAAAGCUUUGCAAAUUUACGAAUCUAACUAUGAUCCUGACCAUAAGGAUAUAAAAGAAAUUCAAAGCGAGAUAGAGAAAGUAAAAGAUGCAAUUAAAUCAAGCACAGAAUCUCCGAAAAAAUUGACACUUGCUGUUGUUACUCCAUCAGUACCAUCGAUUAAUGCGACAGCUAGUAGUAAGUACUAUCAAAACAGUUCGAAUCAAACACAAACGGCAUCUUUGAAACCCUUUAAGAAAUCAUCCAAUAAAAAAAUGUAA